UAAAAUGGAUGCCUCUCCAAAAAUAUGUGAUCACAUGACCAAUUUCUUGUAUGGUUUUCUAGAUAACAGGGGUGGAACAACUUGCCCCUUGGCACAAAUUACCCCACUCUCCCCUACAGUUAAAGAUACAAGCGACAUUGACCAAGGAAAAAGAGGAAAAAACUGAAAAAACUGCCCUCCAUCAGCGUUCCGCUGAAAGAGGGAGAUGAAGAACAUGAACUGGAUCAUCAGUUUUAUGCUUUACGGUCUGUUUUUGCGCUCCUCUGUGUUCUCUAAUGCGGAUACAGAGGUCUCCUGUCAGGUCAACAAGGCUUGUAUCUUACCCUGCAAUUUCACAGUUCAUAAUGAAGUUGUCAUCCACUGGAUUCAAGAGACUCCACCAGAGUCCCGGGUUCACUCCUACUAUCGCAAACAAAACCGUCUGGGAGAGCAGCACCAGAGGUUCAGAGGAAGAACAUCACUGUUUGCGGACCAGAUCUUCAGAGGAAAUGCUUCACUGCUGCUGAGAAGAGUGAAGAUUCAGGACCAGGGCAGAUAUCUGUGUGACGUCAGCACCAUCACUGGAAAUAAGGAGAACUUCAUCAACUUGAAUGUGAACGCUCCAGUCCAGCACAUCAGCAUUGAACAGGUACAAAAUGAAAUCUCCUGCAGCUCAGAGGGGAUCUAUCCUGAACCUGGACUCACCUGGACCACCAAUCCUCCAUCCAGCAUGAACCUGCAGAAGCCACCAACAGUCCAGCAGACUGAACAGCAGCUUUACAGCAUCAGCAGCUCUCUGAUACUUUCAGACAGAGAUAGUGACCUGGACUACAUCUGCACCGUCAGCACUUCAGCAAACAGCAGGAGAUCCAUUUUGCUUCAACCAGCUGUUAUAAGUGGAUCAGACACUGAAACAUUCAUCUCCUGCUCAACCGCCAAUUAUCCAAUAAGGUAUCUCAUCUGGACAUUUAACCACAAAGAGAUCAUCCUGACACAGAGCGGAGAUGAAUGCCCCUACACAGCUUCAGAGAGGUGGAAGCAGUACGUGAUGACUGUAUCAGAGACAGGAGGUCUCACUCUGAAGCAUUUAUCUUCAGUCCAGACAGGAACAUACAAAUGUGAACUCAGUGAUGAAGAGGAAACAUACGUGAAAUACACCUUUCUUCACAUACCAAAAGACUGGACUGGAGUUAUUGUAGGAGUUGUGGUGGGUGUCCUGCUGGUGGUCUUGGUUUCUGGAAUUGUCGUUUACAAACUACACAAAUACAGGAAAAGGUGGAAAGAAAGGAGAAGGAGGAAAAAAAUAGAAGAAGAGGAGGUUCUGGUUCAGUUGGGCAUGGAGGAGCAUGACUCAACAGAAGGGGAUCAACAGGGACUGAUCUCAGCUAUGAAGGACCGCAGAAAAGUUCAGUUUGUUGGUUGUAAAUUCUCAAAGACUCACUAUAAAGUUAUUGCAUCCGCUUUGAAGUCUAAACCCUCCCGUCUGAGAGAACUGGACCUGAGUGACAGCCGCCUGGAGGAUUCAGGAGUGAAGCUUCUGUCUGGUGGACUGGAGAGUCCAAACUGUACACUGGAGUCUCUGAGAUUGGAGAACUGGAGUUUGUCAGAGAUCAGCUGUUCCUCUCUGGUCUCAGCUCUGAAGUCCAACCCCUCCCAUCUGAAACUUCUGGACCUGAGCAGGAAUGACAACCUGCAGGAUUCAGGAGUGAAACAUCUGUGUGGAUUUCUGGAGAGUCCAGACUGCAGACUGGAGACUCUGAGAUUGGAGAAUUGCAGGUUGUUAGAGAUCAGCUGUUCUUCUCUGGUCUCAGCUCUGAAGUCCAACCCCUCCCAUCUGAAACAUCUGGACCUGAGUCUCAACGACCUGCAGGAUUCAGGAAUGGAACAUCUGUGUGGAUUUCUGGAGAGUCCAGACUGCAGACUGGAGACUCUGAGAUUGGAGAACUGCAGUUUGUCAGAGGUCAGCUGUUCUUCUCUGGUCUCAGCUCUGAAGUUCAACCCCUCCCAUCUGAAACAUCUGAACCUGAGUAACAACAACCUGCAGGAUUCAGGAGUGAAACAUCUGUGUGGAUUUUUGGAGAGUCCAGACUGCAGACUGCAGACUCUGAGAUUGGAGAAGUGCAGUUUGUCAGAGAUCAGCUGUUCUUCUCUGGUCUCAGCUCGGAAGUCUAACUCCUCCCAUCUGAAACUUCUGGACCUGAGUGUCAACGACCUGCAGGAUUCAGGAGUGAAACAUCUGUGCGGAUUUCUGGAGAGGCCAGACUGCAGACUGGAGACUCUGAGAUUGAAGUGCUGCAGUUUGUUAGAGAUCAGCUGUUCCUCUCUGGUCUCAGCUCUGAAGUCCAACCCCUCCCAUCUGAAACUUCUGGACCUGAGUUAUAACUACCUGCAGGAUUCAGGAGUGACACAACUGUGGAGAUUUCUGGAGAGUCCAGACUGCAGACUGGAGACUCUGAGAUUGGAGAACUGCAGUUUGUCAGAGAUCAGCUGCUCCUCUCUGGUCUCAUCUCUGAAGUCCAAAACCUCCCAUCUGAAACAUCUGGAACUGAGCAGGAACAAGAACAUGCAGGAUUUAGGAGUGAUACAUCUGUGUGGUUUCCUGGAGACUCCAGACUGCAGACUGGAGACUCUGAGAUUGAAGUGCUGCAGUUUGACAGAGAUCAGCUGUUCCUCUCUGGUCUCAUCUCUGAAGUCCAACCCCUCCCAUCUGAAACAUCUGGACCUGAGCUGGAACCAGAGCAUACGGGAUUCAGGAGUGAAACAUCUGUGUGGAUUUCUGGAGAGGCCAGACUGCAGACUGGAGACUCUCAGAUUGGAGUUCUGCAGGUUGUCAGAAAUCAGCUGCUCUUCUCUGGUCUCAGCUCUGAAGUCCAACCCUUCCCAUCUGAAACUUCUGGACCUAUGUAACAACAACCUGCAGGAUUCAGAUGUGAAGCAGCUUUCUGAUCUGGUGAGGAGUCCAGACUACAAGCUGCAGACUCUCAGGAUAGUGGAGUUUGGACUCGGUCCUGUUACUUCCAACAGUUUUUCUACUAAAACCAGUUGGUAUCAAAACAAAGAUCAGAGUUUCCAGUGAAGCUGCAGCUUCUCAGCAGCUGCUUUCCUCAUGAAGCUGUGAGAGGAGGAUGAUGACAGGCUGCAGGAUUGGACAGAAACACAGAGACAGCAGUCAGCCAAUCAGAUGGUCCAGAUGUUUGUAGUAGACCAGUGUUGUGCUUGUGUUCACGUGUCCAGAAAUAAAGGUGUAUUCCAGCUGACGGCCUUCCAGGAUGUACAGACACACAGCUGCUCCACUGCAGCUCUGAACACUCUGAAGUCCUGCUGCUCUUUAUCCUGGAUGUGCUGCAUCACUGACUGACAGCUGAUGGAGGGAGUCUCUGCAAACACUCGUUUAUCUCCUCUCUUCAUUCUUCUUCCCUCUACAGGUGGAGAAUGUUUGAGUGUAAAUAGUGUUUGUGAUGAGAGGAUGAGUUGUGUCCUUAUGGUCCUCAGAGGUUGAAGCAGCACCAGUUUGUGUGGACAGACUCUGACUGGACCGUGAUGAUGAUGAAGAUGUACAUAGUUUCAGCUCAGUUUGUCUUCCAUCGUUUUACAAACUAUGGGCCUGAUUUACUAAAGGUUUGUGUGUGUAAAAACGUGUGCAAACUUGACAGCACCCGCAAACCUAAGUGCCAGCUGAUCUACUAACAGCGUGCAAAGAGGACUGCGCCUCUCAAAUGCACAAAAUAGCACACGCAAUUAAUUUAGUACUUUUGCCCUGAUGAAUAAUCAAUAUGGGGCGUACCCGCCAGAAAUCGCUAAAUACUGGGAGGGGAAGAUGCAAAUUGGUCCAUUUACCACGCGCAAUGAGAUUUACCAAGCCUGAAAGUUUUUGCGGGGAUUGUGAUUGCGUCUGUAUUUAAUACGUUCAAAAGGAAGGUGCUAAUCUCCACAUGCAAAAGGAGAAAUAUUUUAUUUGAAUGUUAAAUCGAGUAUUAUUCAGCAAAAGGUUGCCACAGGAGGCACAUUAUUUUUUUUAUUUGUGAUAAUAAAUAAAUCACGUGUUUUCAUGGAGAAAAAAGUGUUUCUUAUUGUGCGCCUGUUCUGCAGUCUUCAUACCCCGGUGUUGUGCCGUAUUCAGCACCCCUGCCGUGAAAAGCACCCCCUCGUCUGACAAAAAUGAUAUUCUCAUUCCGUGUCAUGUUCUGUUUAGCGUCCAGUUUUGUGUUAAGGAUUCAUGUUUAAAUGCGCUCAUGGAUUCCACAAUAGUCAUACUUUCCCACAAUCACAGUCACAGAUAACAAAAAUCGGGUAAAUGGUUAUUGAUGUCAUUAAUUAAUAGCCUGCUUACUGUGUUGUCUUCCAUAAUAUUUGUAAAUAUAUAUAAUAUAAACUCCUAAGUAUGUGUUUGUGUGAGUGUGUAUAUAUAAAUAUAUUGAAGUGUCAGUGUGUUGUUUUUUUUCUUGGUCUACUUAUCAUUGAAUAUACGAGGGGGUGCUUUUCACGGCAGGGGUGCUGAAUACGGCACAACAAUUUGCCUCUUCCACUAAUAUCUCUAACUCCAACUCGUCAAAUUUCAUUUUGCGCUUGCGACUUUAUCCUGCUUUCCAUCCAGACUCUCCAUGGCGCAAAGUUUGCUGCCGCAAACCGUAAGACGCGCAACACCUCAUUUAAAUACUGCUGUUUGCACCUGUUAUCAAUUGCGCACGCAAUCUUAGUUGAUCACCCGCAAAACACACAACAACAGCACGCGCAAACUUUUUCAGUGCACACGCAAUUUAGUACUCUUUAUUUAGGAUCUUAGUAAAUCUAUGUGUCUAACCAAAAUAGACACAUACCAAAAAGCAGGCAAAUGAUGUACUAAAGUAUCACAUGUGUAUUUGAAUAAAUGA